AUGUCUUACUCUGCCGUCCACGCCACCCCCAAGGGCCCGGGUGAUGCCCGACCCACAGCCCUUCAAAUCGUCCAAGACAGCAACAUGCAAGAUCAACUCAAAGGCAAAGUCGCCGUCGUGACGGGUGUCUCCUCCGGCCUAGGAGUCGAGACUGUCCGCGCCCUCGCUGCCACCGGCGCAACGCUGUACCUAACAGCCCGGGACCUGACCAAAGCGCGCACAGCCCUAGGCGACAUCUUCCAGCCGGAGACCAUGGAGCUGGUGCAGAUGGAUCAAGCCUCGCUAGCCAGCGUGCGACUGGCCGCAAAGCUCAUCCUGUCCAAGACAAAUAAAGUGAACAUCCUCAUCGGCAACGCGGGGGUCAUGGCUGUGCCGGACCUUCAGCUCACAGAGGAUGGAUACGAGAUGCAGUUCGCAACGAACCACCUCGCCCACUUCCUUCUGUUCAAUCUGCUCAAGCCGGCCCUGCUGGCGGGGAGUACUCCCGAGUUCCAUUCACGGGUAGUUCUAGUCUCGAGUUCAGGACAUCGUGUGCAUGGGAUUAACGAAGCGGAUAAUUAUCAUUUCCAGAAGGGGGGAUAUGAUCCGUUGGUUGCAUACGGACAGUCCAAGACGGCGAAUAUCUAUACGGCGAGUGAGAUCGAGCGGCUGUAUGGAGGGCAGGGGCUACAUGGGUUGAGUUUGCAUCCUGGGAUUAUUGCUACUGGGUUGGGGAGGUAUCUUUCGGAGGAGCAGAUUCAGGCGUUGUUGACUGAUGAGACGGUGGGUAGGGUUGCGAAGAGUACGGAGCAGGGUGCUGCCACUACACUGUGGGCUGCUGUGGGGAGAGAGUGGGAGGGUAAAGGGGGGAAGUAUCUGGCUGAUUGUGCGGAGGCAGAGGAUGGAGAGUAUGAUGGGCAUGUUGGGAGGUCGAUUGUGAGUUAUACGUAUUGGCCGGAGGGAGAGGAGCGGUUGUGGAGAGAUUCGUUGGAGAUGGUCAUCGUCAUCCUGGAAGAACUCAACAUCCCCUACAAAAUCAACUCCUUCGGCUUCGAAGACGUCAAGAGACCCCCAUUCAUUAACAUUAACCCCAAUGGCCGUGUACCGGCAAUCCAAGACCCCAACACCCCCUCCCCCACUAAUCCUAACCACCCCUUCACCCUCUGGGAAUCCGGCGCCAUAAUUCAAUACCUAAUCGACCGCUACGACCCCACCCACAAACUCUCCUUCCCACCAACCAACAUCCCCGAGAAACAUCUUCUAAACCAAUAUCUCCAAUUCCAAAUGAGUGGACAAGGACCAUAUUAUGGGCAAUGUGGAUGGUUCUCCACCCUCUCCCCCGAAAAACUCCCCACCGCCAUAACUCGCUACCAGACCGAAGUGCACCGUAUUCUAUCAGUGCUCAACACCAUCCUUACGGGGAAAACGUGGCUAGUGGGCGAGAAAUGCACUUAUGUGGAUUUGGCUUUCCUGCCGUGGAAUUGUCAGUUGGGGAUGUUGAUUCCGUCUGAUGAUGAUCAUGAUAUUCUGGGCCCGUAUCCGUGGGUCAAGGCGUGGCAGGAACGGAUGGAGGGGAGGGAGUCGUGGAAGAGGGCGAUGGUGUUGAGGGAGAAGUUGAUGCGGGAGCAGGGGUUGGGAGUUAAUGGGAUGCCCGAGGGGGUGAGGGAUAUUGGGGAGUAUGAGGAGGUUAUUAGGAGGAAGAAAGAGGAGGAUAUGAUGAAGAAGGAAGAGAGGGUGGAUGAGGAGGAGGGGGUGUUGGGGUGUGUUGGUAUUGGGGGUCAGAGUAUGAGGGGUGCUCAGGAACAAGGGAAACCGGGAGAGAGAGAGGACAAGGAAGACGAGGAGAGGUGGGAUGAGCAGACAGGGGUGAUGGGGUGUGUUGGCGUUGGGAGUAUAGGGAAGUAUCAGGAGAAAGAAGCGGGACAGGAAGAGAAAGAGGAAGAAGAUGAUAGAUGGGAUGAAGAUAUGGGAGUGCCGGGAUGCAUAGGGGUGGGGAACCCAGGAGUAUAUCAGACGAAACCAUCAAGACAGGAGGGAAAGAAAGACGAAAGAUGGGAUGAGGAGACCGGAGUGCUAGGAUGCUCCAAAAUCGGUGUCUAA